GUUUGACCCAAAGUUGAGAUGACUGACUGAUGCCUUGUGAAUGGAGCAGUGUUCAGGGACCACGUGGAUUACCUGGGAGAGAUGGUAAAGAUGGCAGAGAUGGAAUACAGGGACCACCUGGACCUAAAGGGGACCCAGGAUCUCUAACAUUGGAUACCCUCAAACAAAUGCUGGGACAAAUUGGAGCUCAGAUAGGAGUGCCACCUACAGGUCUGCCGGCCACCAGCAACCAUGGUGGUGCAGUGUUUACACGUUGGGGCAGAACAUCUUGUUCAACACAUUCAAAACUUUUGUACAAAGGGAUAGCUUCUGGAACUGAGUAUCUCAAAACUGGAGGAGGCAGUAAUUACCUGUGUUUGCCACAGACACCAGAGUGGGGGAAAUACCAAGAUGGAGGGCAAGGUACUGGUUCUUACAUACAUGGUGUGGAAUAUCAGAAUGUCAGGACUAAUAUAUUUUCAACAACCAAUACAGGAGGUCAGGAUGUUUUCAACCAUGAUGCCCCCUGUGCUGUAUGCUACACCCAAACACGUCCCAGUCAUGUGAUGAUACCAGCCAAGAAGACAUGUCCAGCUGGGUGGACAACAGAGUACAAUGGGUACCUGGUAUCAGAAUAUGAUAAUCACCAGAGAACAGAGUUUGUCUGCCUUGAUGAAGCUCCAGAAGUGGUAGCUGGUGGUCAUAAAAGCACAAAUGGCGCCCUGUUUUACACUGCUGAAGCUAAAUGUGGUACUCUCACCUGUCCACCAUAUGUGGAUGGAAGAGAACUGCCCUGUGUUGUCUGUACUAAAUAGUGAAGAAGAUUAAAUAUGGUUCAUAAUAUCAUGGACAUAAUAAGAGAAGGCCUUUCGUAUUUAGGUCCAAGAUAAUAUUGACAUUAAAAAUGACCAUAAGGUGUGCUGUCAGUACUAAACAGUUAAUAUAUAUGUUGAAUGAAGAUAAUUAUAAUCUGGGAGUACGAGAAAAAAAGGCCUGUUUUUGCUAAUUUUUGAUAAAAUGACCUAAGGAAUAGCCUUUGAUGAACUUAAAUGUGUUAUUUCCUACAAUAUAACUAAUUUACAUGUACUAAUCAAAAGAUA